GUUACUGUGCAGCCCUGGCGACUGCGUAUUUGUUUAGUUUUGGUGCGAAUAAUAUUUGGUUUAAUAUUUAAUUGUGUGCAAUAAGCUGUUAAUUGUGUAAAUAUGAGUGCAAACGACACAACAAAGCAGCUGUCGAUUGUGGAUAUACGAAAUUAUAUGCUGCAAAACGAUGGCAAGGUGACAAACCAUGCGCUUGUCAAGCACUUUAAGAAAUAUCUAACGCACACCCAAAAUGAGGCGGAGGCACGCAAACGCUUCAAAACAUACGUGACGCUUCUGUCGACAAUCAAAAACGAAAACAACCAAAAGUAUCUAAUACUGCGUAAAAAGUAUAUCAAUGAGUGCCCCUCCGAAGAGGUUGUGGAGCGCGCCGUCGAGGCCGCUGGCAAUGCCUCGACGCCGUCCAGCCCAGGAGCUGGAUCGCUGGCCUCUGUUACCGAUAGCGGCUUCUCGCCCCUCAGACAGCCGCCGCCCUACAAAGCUCCGCCCGAAGUGCAGCAGUCGCCAGUGGCAGCGCCUGCGCCCGUGCCGGCUCCAAUCGUCAGCACCGGCGUUGUUGUACACCCGGGUCAAGUGGACAGCUAUCGGGAUUGCGUUAACGAAUUCACAGCCGCCAUGCAACGCAUUGACCCUGCGCGUCUAGAGCUGCAAUCAUCUGCCAAGGCAGAUGUUGACACGAACAACGAGCUCGACACCGUUGCCAUUGCCGUUGCCGAUGCUGCGGCCAAGUCAGUAUCCCGUGCCAAUUCUGUGGACGAGACCGGCAACAAGGAGAAUAUUCCGCGUUUCUCUUUCUCGUCGGGCGCAUCAACCGACAGCUCGGCCACAGACAAAGUGUCCGGCACAGAGGCGGGCGACGCUGCUGAGAAUCCCAUCAGCGUUAAGGAAGCGACACGUAAAUUCAACCGGAUGGCAUCCGAAGAAGAGGCUAAAAUAAUAUCACCGCCGCCCAAGAAAAAACCAGAGAAGCAAUUAAUUGAGGAAAAGGAUUCACCCGAUGUUACACUUGCGCAUCCCAAGGCAAAGGAAUGGAUUGUCUCAAUGGCAAAAGCUAAUUACCAGGAGCUCGCUAAGCUGGCUAACGAUUAUCCGGAGCUGGUUAAACUGCAGUGCCCAGCAACGGUAGGCUAUAAACUUUACGAUUUCACUACCUAAAAUAUUAUUUUUU